AUGCCUAGCGUGGACUUGAGUGGAAGAAUUCGAUGUAAGAAGGCUGUUUUGUACAGUAUAGUGGAUGCCUUAGACGUAAUGGAGAAGUAUCUGAAGGAACAGAAGGAACUGUCGAAAAAGCCAGAAGAAAAUAAUUUGGACAAAGUCAUAACAGAUGCCGAAGCUAAACUUGACGCCUUUGAAAAGUUGUACACCAGGAGGGAAGAAGAGAGACGAGUUUUCGACUCAAACCCAGAAGCUGGUUUCAAAGCUGACUUUGCCGUAGUCAGGAAGGUGAUCAACGAAGCCGAUGUGAUCAUCGAAGUUCUGGACGCGAGGGAUCCCCUUGGAAACCGGUGUCCGACUAUCGAAAAAGAUGUGCUCGAUGCUGGGAAACGGCUGGUUUUAUUACUUAAUAAAAUAGGUAAAUUUUGGAUCGUUGAAAAUUAUUUCCUUGAAACUCUGUUUCUCUGAUU